AUGAUGAAGGCAAUUGAGGAGGAGCUUGGAACAGCCAUCUAUCCGGGCACGGAGAUCAUGGCUGAUGUGGGCACACAUCAUUUCGUGAAGUCCUCAGCGAAGUCCAGCCGAGUUCUGGUACCCCAACCUUCGCAGGAUCCUCAUGAUCCCCUGAACUGGAGUCCGUUUUGGAAGAUGAGUGUAAUGGCCAUUACCACGGCGACAUCCUUCAGUCAGGGCUUGGGACCUCUGGCGUUGGCACCUAUGUUUCCACAAUUAAUGGAAUCAUUCGAUUCUGAUCUCCCGGGCGUUGUGCAAUUUACAGGAAUCUGCAUUUUGGUGCUAGGAUUUAGCAAUUUCUUCUGGAUUCCCCUUCAAACAUGCUACGGUCGACGACCUGUCCUGAUAUUUUCAACCCUCAUCUGCCUCGUUAGCAAUAUAUGGCGUGCAGUAGCAACCACUUACGGCAGUUACAUAGGCGCCUGUGUGCUUAAUGGAUUUGGUGCCGGUCCUGCAGAGACUUCUCAACCCGAGAUUACCGCUGAUAUUAUAUUUCUUCACGAGCGUGGUGCGUACAAUACCUUGUAUUUCACAGCGUACUUUGGUUCAAUGAUAGUCGGUCCUAUUCUAGCAGGCUCGAUGGCUGAGCACGUUGGCUGGCGCAGUUUCUUUUGGUUGAACGUGGGUCUCCUAGGCCUCGUGCUUAUCCUGCAGAUUAUCCUCCUCCCCGAAACUAAAUGGCACCGCGUUCACCCUAACGAGACACACGGGGCACCUUCUACAGACCAGAAAACAAAUGGGCCAGAUCCUGAGAAGUCGGUCGAAGUAUCACAACAUGAAAAUAUACAAGUGGAAGUGCUUCCUGACCAAGAUCCAUCUCUAAACCGUGGUGGUCCUUCGAAGCAGCAAUUCAAGCUAUGGCAGGUGGAUGGUGUUACUCUAAAAUCUGUCCUUAACAGCUUCUGGAUUCCUUGGAAGAUGCUAACAUUUCCUAUCGUUAUGUUUUCUGCUUUUGUUGUGUCUUGGACGUCAAGUUGCUUCUUGACACUUAAUCUCACGCAAAGCCAAGCCUUCGCAAAACCACCAUAUAACUUUGACAGUCAAACCAUUGGCUUUUUUAACUUUGCUAUUUUGAUCGGAGCAUUUAUUGGGCUGGCAACUAAUAGUCCUUUCUCGGAUUGGAUUUCUAUGAGAGCCACUCGCAAAAACAAUGGCGUUCGAGAGCCAGAAAUGCGUCUACCGGCUAUGGCAGUCUAUGUUGUGAUUAUGAUCAUUGGCAAUUUUGUUGUGGCGUUUGGAUAUGAAUAUAAAUGGGAUUGGCGGCUGGUAUCCAGGUUGCAGUUCUACCAGCCAUCGCCAGUACUUACGCCCUUCGACAGCUAUAAGCCUGUUGCAGGCUCGAUUUUUGUGUCUAUCACUGUGAAUAAGAAUUUGUGGGGAUAUGGCUUCAGCAAUUUCAUCACCAAAUGGGUCCAGGAAAGUGGAUUUAUCAAGCCCAUUAUGAUGAAUAUGUGCUUGUGCACGAUGUGGUGUCUCUUUGCGAUCCCACUCUACUUUUACGGGAAGAAACUCAGAGGGUGGACUGCCAAGUCCUCUGUACACAGGUUAUAA